AUGGCAUCAUCUUCAUCGUGGAGUAAGGUUUUAAAUCCUGGGUCGGAGGAUGGUUCAUUAUUGAAGUAUCAGUCUGUUCACGUAUCGGAGCAUAUUUGGGAUGGACGUGAGCACCUAAUUCUGAAGGUGAGAAUGAGUCAUUUCAUACCGGCUGGCAUGGAAGGGGUUCCAAUGGAGAUUCUUCCUCAUCUUACCUUAGCUGGAUUUGCUGGGGUAGCUCAGUUGGAUAUUGCUAUUCAAAUAGGGCUUCAUAUAGAUGGAAAGACAGUCAUUGCAGCUGUUGGAGGUAAUAAGGCACAAAUUGUGGAGGACUUGUUUGGUAUUAGGCCACCUGAUGAUGCAUUUGCAGGGAGCAGUUUGAAGUUGAGUGGUUUCAUGUUGGCUGAUCAUUUCUCUAGUAGGGUCCCAGUUAGGUACCUUCCAUUGCUUGAGGAUUUUAUUAUCACGGGAGAGUACAUUUGGGGAGCGGCAGCAUUGGCAUUUCUAUACCAGAUGUGA